CUGCAGCUCUCUACACCGCCCUACCUAGGGCCAAUGCAAUCUACAGCUGUCUUCACCUUCAGACCCCCUCACUACGCUAUAACAUAACCUACACGCAGACGACCGGACCCAGCUCGGGUGCAGCUACACGGCUAUUACAUGGGCAAGAAAACCACGGCGACUGCGCAAACGCACGAUGCAGAGAGCAAUGGGCAAAUAACACAAAUACACCUGGGCAGCCACCGUAUCGCGGCGUGGUACGCGUCUCCGUACCCGAGCGGCUACCAGCACGACCUGUACAUAUGCGAGCGGUGCCUGAAAUACAUGAAAACGCGCACGGCCCUUGAUACGCACGCGUGCCAUAGCGGGUUUCCGCGUGGCCGCAAGAUCUACGAGGACGGCACGGCUAGCGUGUGUGAGAUCGACGGGAAGCAGGAGCUGCUGUACUGCCAGAACCUGUGCCUGCUGUCGAAGCUGUUUCUGGACCAAAAGACCGUGUACUACGAUAUCGGGAGCUUCUUUUUCUACGUCCUCCUGGCACGCACACCUAGGGGGCUAAAGUUCGUCGGGUACUUCUCCAAGGAGAAGUCGUCGGUGGACGGCAAUUUGCUCGCGUGCAUCUUGAUUCUGCCGCCGUUCCGGGGCCAGAACUUUGGCCAGCUGCUUAUAGAAAUCAGCUACGAGCUGGCCAGACGCGAUGGCAUGGUGGGCGGGCCUGAGCAGCCAUUGUCGCCGCAAGGGUUCCAUAGCUUCCGGGCGUACUGGCGACGAGCUGUAAUCAAUGAGCUGCUGAGGGACGGCAGUACCAAGAUAGUGUCGUUGGCGCGGCUGGCCGGGCGCACGGGCAUUCGUAUCGAGGACAUUUUGUUCACACUGGAUGACCUGGGGCUUCUGGAGUUCUGGCGCGGCAGGCACAUUGUGUGUAUUGCGAAUGAGACUGUCCGGAGGGUGGUGUCGGAGCGGUGGAUCAGGCUGGCGCCCCGGAUGGACGUCGAGGGAAUGGUAGUGAGAUCGCCAAGCACGUCAGAUUGCGACAGCGAUACACUAUGA